GACCCUCCGUUUACAUACGUGGAGGAGGACGCGUCCGGGGCGGUCAGCCAGCGCGGCUACCUGGUCGACCUGUGGAAGAUCGUGGCGGAGGAGCUGCAGCUCCGCUACACCCUGCUGCCGCCGCCGCGCGGCGGCUACGGCCCUGCUCGAGAACGGCACCUGCGGGCGGACGUCGGCCUGGGAUGGUUUACCUACCGCGAGGACCGGGCUGCCGUCGUCGACUUCGCGGACCUAGUGCCCGUGUUUACCGGUGACCUCCAGUUUCUGGUGCGCCGCGGGGCGCGCACCACCCCGCGCCUCUCGUCCGAGAUGUUCGACUCACUGCUGCGGCCGCUGCACUCCUCCGUCUGGCUGGUCUUGUUGCUCAGUCUGCUGGUGUUGGCCGCUGUGCUGUCCACCACUGUCGUCCUGAACCGGCGCCGCGCCGAGAGCGACGAGACCUGUCGAGAGUUCGGCCUGGGCUCCAGCGCGCUGGCCGCCUUCAUGGCGGUCACCGGCCAGGGGUGGGCGGUCACACCCGACUCGCUGGCCGCGCGGAUCGCCACCAUGUCCGCCUGGAUGAUGAGUAUACUGGUGAGCACGACGUACACGGCGAACCUGAUCUCUCACCUGACGGUGGGGGAGCCCGAGAUGCCCAUCACCAGCCUGGCCGAGUUCCGCGCCAGCAGCGACUGGACGCUGGCCGUCGAGUUCGGCGUGGGAGCCAUGGGCGACUGGGCCAAGAGCUCGGACCCGAAUCUGUACCACCUGUACCAGCGGGCCGUCACCGGCGACCGCUACCUGGCCAUGGGCGGCAACGAGGACAACAUCCGCCGGGCGGCCGGGCCCAAGACGCUGAUGUACUACAACCGCGAGAUCGCCUUCUCGGUGAUCGGCCGCGAGACGUGCGAGCUGCUGCCGCUGGAGCCGGACGCCGACCACAGGGGCGUGCGCAACUACCUGGUGCUCCGGAAGGGCAUCCGGCCGCUCAAGAAGGCCAUGGACCGCGUCCUGCAGCGUCUGAUGCAGGCCGGCACGCUGGACCACCUGAAGCGCCGCUGGUUCGGCGUGGCCGACCAGCAGUGCUCCGAUGACGUCACGUUCCGGCCGCUGACGCUGGCCGACUUGCUGGCCGUGCUGGUGAUCACGCCGCUGGCCGCUGCCGCCAGCUGCCUGCUGCUGGCUGCUGAGUGCGCCGCCCGCCGGCUGCGCGCCGGGCUGGGGGGUGGUGACCGGCUGCCCGGACCCCGCGGCGCCCGCCAGCGCGCCCGCAGUGAGCCCAGCGUGGGGUACGGCGUACGGAGGGCCGCCACGGGGACCGCUCACCUGGCCUGGGAGCGGCGGGACGGCCCCUGGUACCGCUAGGUCAGUGGUACGGCAUACCAAUAGGUCAGGUACGCUAUGCUAGUGGUCAGUGGUGGGUAUCACGAUAUCAUCGAUUCAAGUUCCAGCCAUACCCAUGUGAUAUCGUGUUGCGUCGUGAAGUUAUGUGCGUGAGUGAAUAUUUAGGUAGGUACCAUGCAAAUAUGCUGCCAUCACUAGCACUAUAUUGACUGACUCAUUCUCACUAAACAGCAAUGUUCAUAAGCCCUACGUACGUUUGGAGAAGGUCCAAUGCCCAUCUCCCGGAAAUUGUUGAAAACGAUGCAUCAAGGUGGUCAUGUAAUAACCUACCUUCGCUGCAUCAUUAUUCA